AUGAAACAUCUCUCAGCACUGCAGAAACCCAGAAAAACUGUGGCAACAAAUUGGCAUACAACAGGUGUGUACAGUCUAGAAAGAGGAACUAGUGUCACAUGUGUUAAUUGCAUGAGUGCAAAUGGUUUCUUCGUCCCUCCGUUUCUGAUCUUCAAACGAAAGCGCAUAAAGGAAAACCUCAAAACUGGUACCCCUCGCUGGAACAAAAUUUUCAGUGCAGAAAAAGGCUGGAUGGAUAAGGACACUUCCCGCUUAUGGCUUGAGCACUUCAUUAAAUACGUUAAAUCUUCAAAGGAUGCACCUGUCCUUCUUGUCCUUGAUGUGCACAUAAGUCACACAAGGAAUCUUCGAGCAACUGAAAUUUCCACUCAACAUGGAGUACUGAUGCUCCCUCUUCCACUGCACUGCAGUCAUCGCAUGCAGCCGCUUGACUUGACAUAUUUCAAGCCCUUUUCUGCAUACUUCAAUCAAGCUGCAAAUAGAUUCAUGAGAACUCAUCCUGGAUCAAGUAUUCAGACAGGGAACAUUACUGGACUGCUUGCAGAGGCUCUCAGCCAAGCUUCAGUGAUGGGCACAGCUUUGAAUAGCUUGCCGUCAUAUUUUCUCUACAAAUAUUAG